UUGGAUAUAUUAAAAAAUAAAAAAUAAAGUUCUAUAAAGUAUUUAAUAAUUGCCAGUGAUAAUAUAAGUCAUUUUCAUGUUAGAAUUAUUACUAAAAUAGCCUCUUUGGUUUGAUAUUUCAACCUUAUCAGUAACAGUCACUCUAACUUCCUUGAUAGCGGCAACUCUUGUGUUUUACAAUUUUGUUAUUUCGUUUGACAGUACUAUUAUUAGUAAAAUACCAUAAAUAUGUCUUUAGCAAUUGGUGCUUCAGCAUCUGGUAUUCCAGACAAACUCUGGCAACCUAAGUACACUGUUCUCGAAACCACAAUGGGAGAAAUAACCAUAGAACUAUAUUGGAAACAUGCUCCUUCAACUUGUAGAAACUUUGCUGAACUUGCCAGGAGAGGUUACUAUAAUGGAACCAAGUUUCACAGGAUUAUCAGAGAUUUUAUGAUUCAAGGUGGAGACCCUACUGGCACUGGAAAGGGAGGUGCAUCAAUUUAUGGUCGAACGUUUCCAGAUGAAAUACAUGAAGAUUUAAAACACACAGGAGCUGGUGUAAUUUCAAUGGCGAAUUCAGGGCCAGAUACAAAUGGAUCUCAGUUCUUUAUUACCCUGGCCCCUACACAGUGGUUGGAUGGAAAGCAUGCAAUCUUUGGAAGGGUGUAUUCUGGAAUGAACACUGUAAAAAGGGUUGGACUUGUAGAAACAGACAAAAGUGAUCGACCUGUUGAUGAUGUAAAAAUAGUUCGUGCCUAUAUUAAGAUGAAUUGACGCCUUGUAAAUACUCAUGUUUUUACUUUUAUAUAUGAAAACUUCA